AUGAUGAGCUUUGAUGGUGGCACAGCCUACGCCGAGUCCGAUGCCGACGACGAAUACGAGCGAAGCAUGGGCUCUCCCAUCACCAACUCUGAGCAUUCUCCCAUAGACUCUGAGCUCUCUACGUCCGCGGAGCAUACUCCUACUACCUACGGCCACCGCAGCAGCGCCGACCGUCUCCCAGAAACCAUCAUCUCUGAAUGGACAGUCGAGGAAUGUGCUGAUUUUAUUGGCACCAUCGGUCUCCAACAGUAUGCCGAUCGUUUUAUAGAAAACGAGAUUGUCGGCGAGGCUCUUGUUGCGCUACAGCAUGAUGAUCUUAAAAGCAUGGGCAUCGCCAGUGUGGGACAUCGUCUUACGAUCCUCAAAAGCGUCUAUGAUGUCAAAAAGGCUCAAGAUGUGCCCAUUGAGAGCGACCAUUACCUGCCCCUAUCUGCCGACGCUGAAGCGCAAUAUGCUACUGCAACUAUCAAGGACAUCAAACAUUUGGUCGAACAGUUUCGCCUCCGCGACGAACGCAUGAGUCUACUCGAACAGGAUCUGCGACGAAUGACGGACGACUUCAGACGAUUGCGAGAAGAUAUGUUGCCAGCCUUGCGCCUUGUCAAGGAUGCGCAGCAACCAUUGCCCAACCUGUCCGGAAACCAGCAAGCGUAUGGAUACGAAACUACCAUAUCGCCCCCCGCACCAACACCACCCCCGGGCUCGAGUCAAUCUGGAGGCUCAGUCAAGCGACAAUACUCAACUCGCAAGAUCCUAAUUGGAGCUACACCUAAGAACGCAUCGCCCACGCAAUCCACGCACGAGAGGUCAAUAGCCGAGACCGCACUAGAUCCUUCCAGCGCAGCAGAACGGGCCGUCCUAUCGUCUUCUCAUCUUGCAGCGAUGAACGGAGGGGGCCAAGGCGCAUCAUCUCCUUCGUAUCCCUCACCCAACAUUCCCUCUCCAACGUCCCCCCAGACCCACAUGCCCGCUACCACCCUCGCCUCUCGAUCCUACCGCAGCGAAGCACCGACGCCCUCCACACGAACCACCUUCAACGACGACGGUCACGCCAAUGCAGCUUAUACUUCCCGCGAAAAGGCACCGCAAGGACCGCCCCGCAGACGAGAAACCCCUGUACCUGAUACACCCAGCCAGAGCAAUGCUUCAGUCGAAAUCUUCAAAUCGUUCCGUGUUAGUAUGGAGGACCCUUGCUACAAGGUUCUACCUGCUGCACUCAAAAAGUACCAGAUCAACGCCCCUUGGGACCAGUAUGCCCUCUACAUUGUGUAUGGAGACCAAGAGCGUUGCUUGGGUCUAGAGGAGAAGCCAUUGAUUCUGUUUAAGCAGCUGGAUAAAGAAGGCAAGAAACCCAUGUUCAUGCUUCGAAAAACGACGACCGCACCAUUAGACGGGGAGCCGGGCAGCGCGGGGCUAGGCAGUACCUCGAGAGGAGCGCCGACAGGUUACGAUCCUCCGGGAGGCAUCAUCUAA